CCUCGCGGAUUCUUAUCGCACGGCAGGGGAUAGCGGGAGCCACCACGGGGGCGGGGGUGGGCUUGCCCCUGCUUCUUCUCGUUGUUGCUCUUCUCGACGAUCUCACGCACGUGACGACGGCCGCGCCGGUGAUACUCGAACCGUUAAAUAGCGUCCAUCCAGUAGCCGACGCUACUACGCCCGUUUACCUGCCGCCGCGAUCGUCCGAUUAUUUGUUCGCGUCGCGCCCGUUCCGGAGGGCGAUCAAGCGCGCGUCCAGCCCUAACGACGUCGGUUCCGAAGGUUACGCGAAUCAGGGAAUUCUGGAUCAUCUUACAUUGGCGACACGCCUUUCGCCUUCGUCCGCGCCAUCCUUGACGUCACCCCUGUCAUUAACGUCGCCGUUAUUGUUGACGCCGCCGCUGUCGUCGUCGUCGCCUCCGACGUUAUUGAGACCGUCGCCGUCUUUAACGCCGCUGAAUACCGUCGUCGUCAGACAUCAAGAUCUUUCCAUUCUGACGCCGAGUCGUGACAACGAGAACGAAGAGAUCGUAGUGCGACGAGGAAGAGCGAAGCGAGUAGCGAUAAGCAAGAGAUCGAAGCUGAAAGAUCAACCCUCCCCGAACUUCAUCGACCCUUGGCCGGAGGCAUGGCGACGUGCUAACGAACACCCUCCGCAAUCUCGUAAAGUGGAACCCGGGCCGUCAAUCGAUGAAAGGGUUCGCCCUGCAGUUCAGACUUUUACUCCGCUGUUAGAGCCCGUCUUCGAGUUUGGAGGAUCGAUAUUGCGUCCGGAAAGCUCCCUACGAGAUAUCUUACUUCGCGAAAGUGCUUCGAAGAUAACGGCGACGACGACGACGACGGCGGUGGCGACUAGAACGAUCACGCGGAACAUCGUGUAUCUCGGUGCGACUCAGCACGCCAGAAGCACCGUGCCUGAGAAAAAUGACGUCGAGAGAGUGACCGAGGACCGAGUGGAAGGUGAUAAGAGAGGAAAGGAGUUGGUGCUCGUGAGAAACGAGGAUAAUGGUGCGGUCGUAGUUGGUGGUGAUAGUGUCAUCGAGUGGACCACGACAACAGUCGCCGGGCCGAUGUUAUCGUCGCGGUCGGCGUUCUCCGGAGACGAUGUGCAGGUGGCCGAGCGUGUAAGGGUGCGCGCGAGUUCUGAACGUAGCUCAUCGAAGGGCGAGCAAGACGACGAGGAGCAGGUCAAGGUCACCAUCGCGCGCGACAACGAAGAUUCAUUUGCAUCGUCGACGACGACGACGACGACGACGCAGCAUCCACCACUGACUCAAGACACCUCUAUGGAAGCACUGGGUGCGAGCGGCUACAUCGUCUCGGCGGCGCUCGUGCUGAUAGUCGGAGCACUGGUGGGUGUCCUGGCGACGAUAUCGCGUCAUCUUCAUCAUCGUCGGCUGUUGGUGCAUGAGCCGGUUCCUCCCGGCUCUGCUUCCUCCGCUUCUGCCUCCAUUCUCCAUCACCAUCAUCGGCAUCAUCAUCAUCGUCACCGUUAUCGUCGUGAGGAGCCACCGCCGCCGCCGUUACAGCGUUGUCUUCUACUACAAGAUCAUUAUCGUUAUCCUGAUACACCCAUGCUGUCGGUGAGCCAAGGAAUGGAGGUCGGCAGCAGCGGACGCGGUGCAUCGGCGGAAGAUGACCCGACCGUUGGUGCGGUCAGCGGUGGAGUCGGUGGCGGCGGCGGUGGCGGUGGCGAUGGUGACGAUACCAGAAGGCGUCGAGAUAUUCAGGCGGUGAUGAUCGCCGCGGCGAGGGAUCGCGCGAUCCGCACGGAGAGCGUCCGGCAUGAUCUUGCUCUCAAUCUGCCGCCGAGACUUGAGCUCCCGGACGGCGAGGAGCACCCGUACGGGGCGCACCCGGAUCUUCACCUUCGCAACCCAGAACAGGAGAGCGAAAUUUAUCAGAAAUGCGUGCGAGCGCCGCCGAAUCGCACUGUGUUCGAUAGCGAAAGUCCGCCGCCUUAUCGGACGCCAAGUAGCAGCCAGCAUCUCCACCCGGGACUGCUCGAUAUGCCUGGCGACCGGGUGACGCGGAGUCAGAGUCCCAGCAGCAGCAAUUUGUUGUUGAAUACCGCACGCUCGAUGUUCAAGAUGUUUCCGAGCCAUACGGCGCCAUCGUCGACGUCGAUGCCGGUCAACAAACCGCCCUUUUCCAGUUAUUCCGAGUCCAGUAGUAACGUGAGCAGUAAUCUGAGCAGUAGCAAUCUGUCCAACAUCACCGUGGUGCCCUGCGAAACCGACGAAAGCCGGCAAGAGCAGCAGCAACAGCAGCAACAACAACAGCAACAGCAACCCCAGCAGCAGCAAUUCCAUCAGAAGGUCUGAUCCGCGGCGUCCUCCUUCCUUGACGCCGUUGUCGUCAUUGUCGCAGCUGCAUCGUCCGAUCUCGAGAACGAGCGAUGGUACUCAAGAUCGUUCUGCGCGACUGCAACGACAACGACGACGCCCUUCAAGACUGACUCACGGGAGAAGCUUCAACAUAGGAUAAAUUCCAUUGGUCAUGUUCCAUCGUGUUCAGCAACGUGUAUUACAUAUACGCGAGAGAAUAUAAUAUCCUCCCGACCGGUAGUAUCCUCGUUGAAUCGUUCUUCCGGCGUUCUUCUAUAAUGAGAGAGAGAGAGAGAAGAGAGAGAG